AUGGCCUCCCUGUUCGGGUACUUGGUGGUCUUCAUCCUCUACACCACGUUUUUCGCCUUGAAGGCCACCACCACGUUCAGUGGGUGGAUCUCGCUGAUGAGUCCCCCGUCGCUGGUGCGGCUGCCUCCGUUGGGUGCUCGCACCAGCCGCGUUCAGUCCGUGCCGCCCCGCUGUCUCGAGUCCUUCCCCACCCUGGUCUGGCAGACUGACUGGAAGGUCAGGAGCGUGGAGGACCUGAAGCACUCCACUUCUUCUUCCAUGUGCCUCGUGUGCCUGCAGUCCUACGCACAGGACGAGACGCUGCGGGUGCUGCCGUGUGCACACGCCUUCCACGCCGCCUGCAUAGACGAGUGGCUGGCUACGCACGUCGAGUGUCCCAUACGCUGCCAGGUCACGCUCACCGAGCCCUUCGAGGGCCGCUUCGAUGAGGCGGUUUUGGAGCGAAACCUCCCCCCCCAGGCCAUCGAGUCCCUGCGCAACGUUGAAUACCUGCACAGCGCCGCAUAA